ACAGAUCGGGGGUAAGAGAGAGAGCAGCAGCCUGGGCCCACGGACAAAAAACUUACCGAAACGGAUUUACAUUCGCUACGUAUCGUUCCUUUAACCCAAGUCUGAAAAGAGUGUUUUUGUUCCUGCCGUCCUAAAGCCCGAUCUGUCAGGAGUUAUACCAAAGUGGGACUCGAUGAAAGAUGACAGAGGAGGUGAUUGUUAUAGCCAAGUGGGACUACAUUGCUCAGCAAGAUCAGGAGCUGGACAUCCGGAAGAACGAGCGCCUGUGGCUUCUGGAUGAUUCCAAGACCUGGUGGAGAGUUCGCAACGCAUCCAACCGCACCGGCUACGUCCCCUCCAAUUACGUGGAGCGCAAGAACAGUCUGAAGAAAACCUCACUAGUGAAGAACCUAAAGGACACCCUUGGCCUGGGAAAAACGAAAAGGAAGACUAGUGCCCGUGAUCCCUCUCCCACACCCAGCACAGAGGCAGAGUACCAGUCUAAUGGAAGCACUGGAGGAGGUGGAGGUGGUGGAGCUGAGCGGAUCUAUGACCUGAACAUUCCUGCACUGGUAAAGUUCUCUUAUGCAGCGGAGCGGGAAGAUGAACUCAACCUCAUUAAAGGGGAGAGGGUGGUCGUCAUGGAGAAGUGCAGUGAUGGCUGGUGGAGGGGUAGCCAUGCCGGCCGUGUCGGUUGGUUCCCAUCCAACUAUGUCCAAGAGGAGGUGGGAUUUGCGGACAAUGAUGGGGUCUUCGGGGACACAUUGGGGGGCUUCCGGUCCUUGAGAUUGGGGCGAGGGGCAGCGAUGGCUAAUGGACGGUCAGGGGGCUCGGGUAGCUCUGUUCUCCAUGUGGUCCAAACUCUGUACCCCUUUAGCUCAGUUACAGAGGAAGAGCUGAACUUUGAAAAGGGGGAGAUUAUGGAGGUUUUAGAGAAGCCAGAGAAUGACCCAGAGUGGUGGAGGUGUAAAAACAGUCACGGCAUGGUUGGCCUUGUGCCCAAGAACUAUGUAGUGAUGGUCAAUGAUGGACCAGCAGUGAAAGGCCUGGGACCAAGUCAUGGUUCCCCUCACAUCAGCCACACAGGGCCCUCACGUACAGGAAAAUUUGCAGGAAAGGAUUGGUACUAUGGUAAUGUGACACGGCACCAAGCCGAGUGUGCACUAAAUGAGAGAGGAAUGGAGGGGGACUUUCUGAUACGAGACAGCGAGUCAUCGCCCAGUGAUUUCUCAAUUUCGUUGAAGGCAGUGGGGAAGAACAAGCACUUUAAGGUGCAGCUGCUGGAUGGAGUAUAUUGCAUCGGUCAACGGCGUUUUAGCAGUAUGGAUGAGCUUGUAGAGCACUACAAGAAAGCACCCAUCUUUACGAGUGAGCAAGGAGACAAACUCUACCUUGUCAAGUCUCUCGCCUGAACUCAGUGCUUUUUCAACAGUCAUUACCUCUUCCCUCUACACCUCUGUCCAUUUCUCCUCUAUCCAUUUUCUCUUUUCCUGCACACUCUGCCUCUCUUCCUUGGGACUUUACUGAAGCCUUGAGUGAUGGAGAAGAUGGAACCUCUUUUUCGGAGAACUUUAUGGAUUCUUGGACGUUCCAGAGACCUAUGUUACCUCCACUCUUGUAGAGAGCAGUAACAACUCAUCGUAAUUUUAAACAGAGAUAUCCUUCUGGCUACUUGAUACAUUUAUGUCAUGUUUUAAAAAAGUGAUUAGAGACAUUUUUGAGGUUUUGGUACAGGAUAAAAUGCCAUCUUCACUAAGCGACAUCUGUAGAACUUUCUCGGCCUCUGGCCAGCAGUUCUUUGGCUCUUCCUGUUGCUGUUAGAACAGUGUUAAUCUCACAGACCUCAACCCAUUUUUUACUGGUAAACAUUUUUUUUUCCUUUCUCUGCACACACAAAGAUCCCAAAUGGUAGGUGAUCCUCUUUAAGAGGAUGGUCACAUUUGUAACUCUUGUACUGAAUUAGCAUUGGAGAAUAGAUUCUUGUGCAUGUCUUAAUCUUGAACCUUUAGAGAAAGUGACCAUGUGUAGAAUGAGGAGUGUGAUUUUACUCAAAGAUGGUAUGUCUCCUUUCAAAGAGCUCGUCUGUUGGCCACACAUCUUCACCAUGUAUGUCCACACUUCAGCUGCCUAUCACAUAACAUGGUCUGAAUCUAAUUUAAAUUGUAUAGUUAGGAUGACUUUUUAAGGUUUGAACCUGAAAUAAAGCUGUGCUCUCUCAUCUUACGGGCCUUUACACGGACAGUUUUUGCAUCUAAAAGUCAGCCCAGCAUUCAUAGAGACACUGUUGGGACUUAUCUGCUCUAACAUUGUGAAUAUAUUCAACUUUCCAGGUAUUUCUCUUCAAUCUGAGUCAAUUCAGGGAUUCUUCAGAGUCGGGGUGCUUCAUAAAGGAAGAUGAAUGCCUCCGUUAUGACAGGAAGAAUAGAGAAGGGCAAAUAGAGCUUCUAAGAAAGAGUCGUUUCUGUAGCCCAGGCGAGAGUUUGAAUGUGUGUCCGUUCAACCAAAUGUGCCACCCACUUCCAGUUCUGCUACUGUCGAUGUCUUAUGCACCUCACCAAAUGCAUCUUAUCUGCUCUCAGUAACACAUAGUUGGUUGUAAACACUAAUUUAAGAGUAAUAAAACAAAGAAAUGUGAUUUUAUUUCUUUACUUUUGUCAUAUUACUGUCUGUUUGCCAAUAAGUGUGUUUGUCAAGGGGUUUUCAGCUUCUUCUUUUUUUUCUUUUUUUUUUUUUAAGUUUGUCAGAAUGUUGUUGAGCAAUGUUAUUGAAUUCUUCUUUCCACUGUAUGUACACACACACAUAUAUAUAUGGUGCAUAUAUGCAUUAUGGUACUGUUCUGAAGACAGUGUGGUGAGAAUUGAAAUACUUUUGUUCAAUAAAAG